GGUCCUCAUGGCUCAACCUCUUCUCUCCUUCCUGAGAGCAGGAUAUUGUUAAUGCAGAGAAGAUGCCAGCAUAAAUGACGACAGCUGACCCAGCCAUGCGUUGACACAUCCCCAGCCUGCAUCUCCUCAUUUCCAGUCCAAGUUCCAGAGACAUCGUCAUCAUUCUUCAUGACAGUGGCUAAAUCUACUCUUUGCAACCUAACCACAGCCCAGGCCUGCAUCGCCUUCACAGGGCCUCCGUAAGCCUGCUCCAUAUCUGUGUGUCCCCAGUGUUCUCCACAACCCCUUUGUGGUCUCCAGACUUCUCUUGUCCAGUCUAUCUGUUUUUUUAGGCCUUUUUGGUCUCAUCUGAGCUUCUUUUUUUAUCUCCAAGCUUCACUCAAGAUGUACACCAGGAGCCCUUUCAUGGUAAAUUCUGAAUCUAAAACUGUGAACUGCUGAUUUAACACCAUGGCUACAGGAUUAUCUGACAAAAUACCACAAAUGAGACGGAGGAGCAGCAAGCGCCUUCUCCCUCCCAAAAUGGCAGAAGUUCGGCUUAUUCUGCUGGGGGAGAGCUGGUCAACAAGGUGUGAAAUCGCAAAUAUUAUUAUGGGGACAGUUGCCUUCAAAACAGAGGAAAACCCAAAUUUCUCCUGUAAACACACUACAACUAUCCAGAAGACAAAAGUAGUUCUGAUAAACACUCCAGAUCUGCUUUUUCUGAAGAUGCCCGAAGAAAGACUUAAAGAACACAUAGAUCAUUGUGUGAGGCUCUCUGAUCCUGGGCCUCACUUGUUCUUACUGGUUGUUCAGAUGGAAAGCUUCAUGGAGGAAAAAAAGAAGAGUUUCUACAGGAUUCUUGAACUCUUUAGUGAUCAGUCAUUCAAUCAUUCGUUGGUUCUAAAACUGAAAUUAACACAGAGGGUACCAAUUACAAAUGAACCCUUAGAGGAACUGAUCAGAAGAUGCCAAAAGAACUCACAUAUUUUAGAUUACAAGAACAUCAAUGGCUUGCUGAACACCAUUGGUGACAUUUUAGAGAUGAACAAUGAAAAGCAUUUAAAAGUGAACCAUCCCAGCAUCAAACAGAAAGAAGAUUAUUCAAGUUUGGUUUCUACAACUGGACGAGUCUCAUAUAUCAGGAUUUUGCUCUUAGGAAAGACUCAAUCAAUCAAGACAAGACUCUCUAGCUUCAUCAUUGAGAAAAAAGAUGUAAAGUCACCAACAUUUUCUUUAGCUAGGCAAGAUGAUCAUGGAGUUUGGAAUGGAAAGUUGUUGUCUGUGAUGAAAACUCCAGAACUUAAUUCUGAGAAAGUCCCAAAAGAGGAACUAGAAACUUGCAUUAGUCUUUGUCCUCCUGGACCAAAUGUCCUGCUGCUCUUAGUGAAUCCUUCAGACUUCAAAGAGAAGGACAGCAGGUUUCUGAAGGCCACCCUGAGCUUGUUUGGGGAGAAUGUCUUCAAACACUCAAUGGUCAUCAUAACUGAGAAAGAGAAUGAAACCACUUUUGCCUUAAAUUCAUUAAUCAGAGAAUGUGAAGGUAGAAAGUACAGCCUGACCGAAAAUGAUCACCAGAAAUUAAUGAUGAAGAUUGAAGAUAUUGUGAAAAAAAACAAAGGUUUUCUUACCAUCACUGAGGAUACAGAAAUAUUGAAAUGGGAACAGACCCUGCCUUGUGUCAACCUGGUGGUGUGUGGGAGAAAAGGAGCAGGGAAGACAUCAGCAAUCAAGGGCAUAUUAGACCAAACAGAGCUUAGUUCAGCCUCCAAGAUAUCAGAGUGUGUUAGAAACCAGGGAGAGGUUCAGGGACGCUGGGUUUCUGUGGUGGAGCUGCCUGCAUUGUAUGGAAAAGCUCAGCAGGAAGUGAUGGAGGAAUCAUUCAGGUGUAUCUCCCUCUGUGAACCUGAGGGUGUCCAUGCUUUCAUCCUGGUCGUUCCAUUGGGUCCCCUCACUGAUGAAGACAAGGGAGAGUUAGAGACCAUCCAGGACACAUUCAGCUUCAGGGUCAAUAAAAACACAAUGAUUCUGUUCACUACAGAUUUAGAUCCUAAACAGCAAGAAGUGGUUACAUUUGUUGAGCGAGAUGAAGCGGUCCAGGAGCUCAUCCAGACAUGUGGAGGAAGAUUUGUUGUUGUUAAAAGUCGGGACAGGAAGGAGUUUUCCACUGUGAUAGAUUAUGUGGAAAAAAUGAGACAGGAAAGCUACAAAUCAAAAACCCUGGCUGAAACCUACAAGGAUAAAGUCAUAAAACAAGAGAAAAAUAUAAUCAAACUUAAAGGACAGCUUUCAAACCAGACACCAACAAAGGAUUUCAUUGAUGAGGAGGAGAAGCUAAACACGGCAUGUCUCAGGAUUGUUCUGAUUGGAAAGACCGGCUGCGGAAAAAGCUUAUCAGGAAUUGGAGGAGACUAUUUUGAAGCCAAGCCAGCCCAACAUUCAGUCACAAAGCGUUGUCAGAAAGCCCAGGGUGAAGUUGAUGGCCGUCCCGUGGCUGUGGUCGACACUCCAGGCCUGUUUGACAACACUUUGUCCUACGAUGAAGUUCAGGAAGAGAUGUUGAAAUGUAUGAGUCUUCUUGCCCCAGGACCACAUGUCUUUCUGCUGGUGUUACAGAUUGGAAGGUUAACAGAAGAGGAGAAAAAGACAUUAACACUGUUAAAGGAAGGCUUUGGGAAAAAAUCUAAGGACUUUACUAUCAUCCUCUUUACACAUGGUGAUAAACUGGAACAUUAUCAGAAAUCUAUUAAAGAAUACAUUGAAAAGGAUUGUGACGAGUCCUUCAAGAGGCUAAUUGAGGACUGUGGAGGAAGAUAUCUAGUUUUUAAUAAUUACAAUCAACAAAACCGUGCACAGGUCACAGAACUGAUCACCAAGAUUGACAACAUGGUAAAGAAUAAUGGCGGCAGCUGCUUCACCAAUGACAUGCUGCAGGAGGCUGAAGCAGCGAUACGAAAAGAAAUUAAGAAAAUUCUGAAGGAAAAAGAAGAAGAGAUGCAGAAAAAGAUUGAUGAACUAAUAAAAAGUCAUCAGAAAGAAAAAGAUGAAAUGGAGAAGCAAAAAAUAAAAGCUGAACAAGAAAUGAAAGAAAAAGAUACAAAAAUAAAGGAAAUUGAGAAAACCCUCCAAAAGGCUAAAGAAGAUCAGAAGAAAGAACAAGCAAGGAGACAAGAAGAAGAAAGGAGACUGAAAAUUCAGAGCGAGGAAUGGGAGAAAAAAAUUAAAAAAUCUAAAUCACCCGUUGGGAUGGAGAGACAUAAAUCAAUGCGAAAGAAACACGAGGCCUGGGAGAAAGAAGUGAAAAUGUUAAAGGAGAAACACAAAAAAGAAGAUGAACAGAAACAAGAGCAGGAGAGAGAACUGAGAAAGAAGUAUGAGGAGCUGAAACAAGAUUAUGAUAAACAAAAACAAGAAAAUGAUAUCAGAAAACAGAUGGAGGCAAAGUACAAAGAUGAACUGGAAGAGAAAUAUAAGAAGAAAAUUGAUAAACUCAGAGAAAAAUACGAGGGAGAAGCCAGAAAGAAAGCUGAGGAAUUCAAUGAAUUCAAAGAAAAAUACAGUCGAGAACUUGAAGCACAAAAACAAGGGCAUGAAAUACAGCUUAAAGAAAAAGAUAGCCAGUAUGAUGUGCUAAAGGCCCUGAAAGAGGUCACCGAGAAGGAAAGCAGAGCAAAGCACCACAGGCAAAUCGUUGACUUGGUGAAAUGUGUCACCAGAAAGAAAGAACAUCUCAGAACAAUCAAGGAAAUGCUGACAAGACAUGAAGAGCAAAUAAAAAAAGGGAAAAAUACUCAGGAAACUGAAAACCUGCAGAAAUUUCAUGAGCGAGAAAUAGAGGAGUUGAUUCAGAAGCUUCUGGAUCACGAAGAUCCGAAGUCACCCUGUUCCAUUUCAUGAGACACAUCCAAACCUUAAUACCGAUUCAACUUGCUCAUUAGAGCAACAAGAAAAGAACCAGCAGGUACUAUCCGUUCCAUGUUUUACCUGAGCUGUAAGUUCUGCAGAAAAACAACAUGGAAAAAAGUUACAGUGUUCAGCAGAUUUCUGCCUCUUCUUCAUUCCGUUGAGUCAAAAUGCUCAUAACUGCAUCGUUGGUCUUUAGCAAGUGUUAAUAAACUGUGAUAAGAUCUAAAAUCACAAAAAAAACUUUCUCCAACAAUAUUACCAUGUAAAUAGAUUCUUCUGUUUAGAUUUUUUUUUUUUUAAGAUGUUACUUGGCAAUAUUUAUUUUUACAUGAAAUCAGAAUUUGUUUUCCAAUCACUUAUUACUUAUCAAUGCAUAAAUAAAACUAAACUCACCUUACCGUUUCUUUGGAAUAUUGAUCUGUUUGAAUAUGACUUACUGACAUCAUUGAACUGUAUAUCUCAGGAUGUUUGCCUUAGUGGAGAACUUUAUUUGGAUUUAAUUUACAGACAACACAUUUGGCAGAUUACAUAAUUACAAUUUUCAUAUUUUAGCUCAAUUCCUGUCUGACUGUGGAGAACACAGAAGAAAGAAAAAAAUCACAGAAGGUAUCUUUGUAUCCAAAACUUUCUAAAUAGCAUGAUUCAGAUAGACUCUUCUGUGGUGACAACUGAAAGACAUAAAGCAUUUGGUAUUUCCAUCUGGUGACAUGGCAUAACCACUCUGCAGUAUAAAGAUCACUUGUUGUUUUUUGGUGGUUGCUCCCUAUUUUAUGCCUGCUGUCCAACUAUAUCCAUAACAUAUGCUCAUAUUAAAACUAAAAAAAUGAAUUAAAACUUAUUUUCUGGAUUGUUCUUUAUCACUGCUAGUCCCAAAAAUUUCAGGUUUCCCUGCAAGCUCCCCACUGCAUUGUCUCCAAAAAAACCUAUUACCAGUGACUGUAUAUGAGAAUGGAGACAGGCUAAACUUAGCAAUCAU